AUGGGGCAAAUUAAUGCCUCGUACUACAGCCUUAAUCAAAUUAUGCUGAAUAAACGAGUGGAUUGUUGUGCCGCUAGUAUAAAUCAGUUAAACAAGUGGUUGCAAAAUGAAGUGGCUUGUUCAACGGUGACAGUGACAAAGUGUCAGGCGGCUCUGCACACUUUGCAGGCUUUCCCUUUCUUCCGACCCACGUGCCUCUGCAGGGAGCCCCACGUAGACCCGGAUUGCAACAGCUUCCAGAACUUCCUCUUCGACCACCCCUGCAUCUACGUCCUGAAGAAGGAAAAGGAUCCGUACCCCAUCGACGCGCUGCCAACCUGCAAUCAUGCGCUGAGCGUCUGUGUACGCGGCAAGCCGUGCAGCCAGAUAUUCGAGGACUUCAAAAGCAACUGCAAAGCGCGGGAGGGCAAGUGCCGGAUGGAGAGUCGGAGCGCGUGCCACGACUCCUGGACGCAGCUCCGGCUGUCGCCGAUGUUCGGCUGCAUCUGCCCGAACAAUCACAUGAAGAGGCGUUGCGACAGGAUCUUCUCGAUGGUGAAUCACAAUCCGUGCGUUGUGAAGGUCAUCUCUCAUCCGGACAACUCGACGAGCUUCGAGGUGAUCGAGUCGCAGGUGGAGAACCCGCUGAUCGACGCGAAUCACAAGGAUCUACUCGCGAUGAAGCAGAUUACUGUCCCCGGCGGCCAUCAUCACAAGACGCAUCACAAGAAAAACCAAACGGACGAUCACGACGUAGUAUUGCCAUCUGCCUCGUCAGACCUGGACAAAAUCCAACAGCCAGUGAAACUCGUCCUCUCCAGUACGUGUCAUCACGCCUACACCGCUUGCAAAAACGAUCCGGAGUGCAAGGUGUUUCUAGAGCCGGUCCUAAAUCAUUGCGACUCGAUGACCUGCGCGAGGAACGAGUGCAUGGAUGCUUUGCAACACUUCUACAAGUCCGCUAACCACAAACACUCUGUGGAAAUCGCGUUCUGCUUAUGCAGGAAGACGGAUGGCAAGAAGGACGAGUGCAUAGUGGCGCAGGAGAAAAUGCAUCCUGCGUGUGCACAGCGGGUCGAGGGCUCGGAGACGCCGACCUGCCACAGCCUGGCCGAGGCGUGCAAGGGGAACAGAGAGUGCAGAAUGAAGCUGGAGUACUACGAGCAAAGUUGCGCGGUGGACAGCGUGACGAAGAAGUGCGCUGGGCCGGCGUCCGACUGUAGGAAAGCGAUGCUGGGAAUCCUCGGCACCGAGCUGCGAUCCAGCUGUGCCUGCAAAGGCACCGAACUCACGCAACUUUACGAUUGCCUCGGCUGGCAGAGGCUUCUCUGGGUGAAUCCCUGUGUGGUCGAGUCCCAGAAGGAUUAUCACGCGCGCAGGAAACACCAUCAUCCUCGGACGACGACGACGAGCGUUUUAUCAACGACCAGGUCGCCGGUUAGCACGACGACGGCUACGGCGGUCGAACAAGUGGAAGAUAAUCAAAUACCGGAAGUGACGAGGUGGCCGACCACCGAACCCACGGAAACUUGGGAAAUCACCACGACUACGACGACCACCCCAUCCACCACCACCAUGAGCACCACGCCGAGCACCACCACCACCACCACCACGCCACCCCGCUUCUGCGUGGUUCAAAGGGCGAGGCAGAGUCACCAAUACAUAAGGGAGGGCAAAGGCAAGAGGCUCUAUCGCGAGGACGAGCCGGAAUGCUCGGAGCUGUGCCAGUGCGGCGAGGGCGAAGUUCUGAUCUGCAACACGAUCUGCGUGAACUCGUUGCCCUGCAAGACGGACUUUGCCUUCUACAAUCACGAGGCACCGGCGUAUCAGGCGCAUCGCGGACCCUGCCUUUGCUACAGCGGUCGUUUCAUAUGCAUGCGGCCUUCACCCGAUGCUUACUCCAUACCGCACGGGGUUUUCAUGUUCCUGGGAUACAGCGAGCAGGACGAGAGCUUAUUGCGGCCGCAUAACAAUGUCACAGUCCUGGACGCGGUGUCGUCCCUCGAUAGCUUCAUGCGAGAGGAAGUUAACAACCAGACGGUGUGCACGCUGUUCCUGUACAACGCGACCCGAGAAAACGUGAUUGCAGUGGCGCGUCUCGGGACUGACAAUCCGCCCCUAAAUAGCAGCCAGGCUCAAAGUCUCCAGCACCUCCUGCGCGUCAAGGAGGAGUGCGCCUCGAUGCUGCAGGACCUCAGCGACAAGAUCAACAACAAGCACCACGAGGUCCACACGCAUCCCCUGCUCUCGAUCUUCAAGAUGGCCGAGGUCGAGGUCAAGCUGCCGUACAGCAACGAGGUCGCCGGCCCGACGGGGCCGUCGGGCUCGCUCCUCGCCGGCCUGCUCCUGCUCGUCAGCCUGGUUCGAUCUACGUGGCUGGUCGCCUCGUGACACGGGCCGCUCGCCGCCGUCUACUCCCAUUGAACAGCGAGCGCGUUCUCGAAGAGGAAGCGGAAACGCGUCGCCGCGAGCCAGUAGAACGUCGGGGUAACGACGAACAAAGGUCGAUUUCUAUCGUCCAAUCAGCCGCGCGAAAACGGUCGCGGUGCGGCUCCUUUCAGACGAAAAUAUUUAGCGUUUGCAUUGUCCGUUCGGACACGUGUAUCCGGUCGAUGUGUGAAGUACUGCGGAUCGUAACAGUGCGACGAUGAUCGUGCGAUGAUUGUUCGUUUCAUGUUAAUGCUUCAUUUUAUUUAACUUGAUUCUUCUUGGAUUUAUCGUCGUAAAUCUCCUUAGUGAAACUUCUACUUCUAGUUCAAAUUUCCUUAAUCUAAUCUGUUCGAUUCAAUUAUUGUUACCUUAAUUUUUCCUGGGUCCUAGAUAUUUUAGAUAAAUAUUCCGUUCUCGAUAUCUCGAGUUGGACACGAGGAAACUCUCCAUUCCUAUUAACGAAACAGUUGUUCAAAAUAUUAUAAAUAUUUAAUUCAAUAGUAUUGCAAUCUGUGUUGCAAGGAAUCUAAUCUGUUCAAUCAAAUUAUUGUUACCUUAAUUUUCCUGGGAUCCUAGACUUUUUAGAUAAACAUUCUGUUCUCGAUAUCUCGAGUUGGACACGAGGAAACUCUCCAUUCCCAUUAACGAAACAGUUCAAGAUAUUAUAAAUAUUUAAUUCAAUAGUAUUGCAAUCCGUCGCAAAGGACUAAGUUUCAGUAUUACUGGGAACCUAAGAAAUAUCAGCUCAUUCCCGAUAAUCUGCGCCGUUACGAUCCUCGGCACGCCAUAUACAGAUAUUUGUAUCUUACUCUCUAUAAGAAUGUUUCGUCUGAACGGCGCCAUGCCGUGUCUGAUUGGAUAAUAUAAAACGACCUGAACGCGGGGGACAGGCUAUAUAUAUACAUAUAUAUUGGUUCUUGGCGAAAGGGCAACAGAGAGAGAGAGAGAGAGAGAGAGAGAGAGUGAGUAAGAGAGAGAAGGGGACGGCCUCGGGCGUGCAUCAACGAAACAGAGUCGAGCUGGCGCACCUAAUUAACGGGGCUCUAAUCUUCGUGCCUCGUGGAUCAGAUACGUAGAGAAUUCUUGGCUCGUUAACCGCGAUCGAGGAUCGAAUAUCUUCCACGUGAAUUUACUUGGAGCGCUUUCACGCGUGUUCGACUUCAGUUCAGUUUCUUUGUGCCGGGUUUAGCGUUUCGUUAACCCUCCUGUUGAUCGAGCUGGAUUUCCUACCCUUUCGACGAAUAUUUGAGCUUGAUUACAGUUCUAGCUGGUUCCAGGGACGGUAUAAACAACGCGUAAUCUCUCGGAGGAAUGUUCUGUGCAAUCAGUCCUUGGAAUUUCGUGUUGUUCAGAUACGCUGGCAGUGAUUGCUCUUUAAAUUCGACUGCUUCGUGUCUUUAUUCAUAAUUCGCUACUCGUAUCGAUCCCGUGCAACUCGAAUCGAUGAUUUAGGACUCGACCAUCGAAUCUACCUUCUGAAUCUGCUAACCCCAGUGACUUAACCCUUUGCACUCGAUUUGAUUUGACCCAUGGUAAUGAUAAAAUUUAGAAUUCAAUACUAAAUUUUUAUAUAAUGCAUCAACACAUGGAACAUCGAAAUAAAAUAGUUCUGUUA